AUGGGGGGCGCCAAAGUGAUGGAUAAUCACCUUGGAGUAUUGGCAAGCGCCACGGACCUUAACUCGGAGGAGGUGCAGCGAGCGCUUGCAGAGGUUGACAAUGGGUUCCUGUCAAAGGAGUUGAUCGAGGCUAAGGAGGCCCAACGAUUGAAGCAAACGCAGCUUGAUGAGCCAGACCUGAUUGAUUUUGAGGAGGAGGAGGUUGUCGAAGAAGCUCCUUCACAGCAGGAAGUUCCUGUGGGUCCUGAAAUGCCUGCAGUGCCCACAGGCACUUUGAUUGAGCUUUCGGACUAG